UUCUCUCUUCUCGCGAGCGCCGCUGCUGUGCCGUUUUACCAGUGAUAUUCAUUUGACAUUGAGAAACCUAGGUACCUACUAAGCAAGCAAAAAUUGCCUCGCACGAAGGUGCUUCAUUCCAUCGCGUUUCUGGAUACUCUAGUGCUGCUAGUCCUUAAUCUUGUGCCAACUCGGAACGGAAUCCUUGUGCCAACCAGUCAGUCGUUGGACAGCGCUUCAAGGAUUCGUACUCUACCGGCUUUCCAUUUUUCGCUUAGUAAAACUGUGUUCGGUGUCGCUGAUUGUAGUGCUAACAAGUGCUGAUAAUUACUGCUUGUCUGUUCCACUCAACGUUCUACUUACGUUCUACUCAAACAGUCGUGGUUUAGUGCAUCGAGAUGUCCAGUAAGGUGCUCUUAUCCAAGGAUCCUAUCUACCAACAGAUCCAGGAAUAUUACAAGAAGCAUGGCGCUUCCAUUAAUAUCAAAAAAAUGUUUCAAGAAGAUGACAUUCGCUUCGAUAAGUUCAGUUUGAAACUAUCGACUCCGGCCGAUGGAGAAAUUCUGCUGGACUACUCCAAGAACCGUAUCACCGAUGAUGCUUGGAACAUGUUGCUGGAGCUGGCGGAGUCACGUGACGUGGUCAAAACCCGUGACGAUAUGUUCAGUGGUGAACGAAUUAACAUUACUGAGAACCGUGCGGUGCUACAUAUUGCACUGCGAAAUCGGUCAAAUCAACCGAUCUAUGUUGAUGGUAAGGAUGUAAUGCCCGAGGUGAAUGCCGUACUGGCGCACAUGAAGGAGUUUACCGAGCAAGUACUUAAUGGUGUUUGGCGCGGUUAUACUAACAGGAAAAUUAGCGAUGUUGUCAACAUCGGUAUUGGUGGUUCGGAUCUAGGUCCGUUGAUGGUGUCGGAAGCUCUGAAGGCGUACAACACCGGCAUUCGUUCCCACUUUGUGUCGAACGUUGAUGGUACGCAUAUAGCGGAAACGUUGAAGAAGCUUGACCCAGAAACCACACUGUUUAUCAUCGCAUCGAAGACCUUUACUACACAGGAAACCAUCACCAAUGCGACCGCCGCCAAGAGAUGGUUCUUAGAACGUUGCAGUGAGAAGGAAAACGUCGCCAAGCACUUUGUCGCUUUGUCCACCAACAAAGAAAAAGUCGCGGCUUUCGGCAUUGAUACCAAGAACAUGUUCGAAUUCUGGGACUGGGUUGGGGGCCGCUACUCUCUGUGGUCUGCCAUUGGUCUCUCUAUCUCGUUGGCGAUCGGUUUCGAUAACUUUGAGAAUCUAUUGGAAGGUGCUCAUUACAUGGAUCAACACUUUUUGUCGGCUCCACUGAACGAAAAUGCUCCGGUUAUACUGGCGCUAAUGGGUAUCUGGUAUUCAAACUUUUACGGUGCCGAGACGCACGCUCUGCUGCCGUACGACCAGUAUUUGCACCGAUUUGCUGCCUACUUCCAGCAGGGCGACAUGGAGAGCAACGGCAAGGGUGUCACCAAGGCCGGUGAACGGGUCAACUUCAACACCGGUCCGAUUGUGUGGGGCGAACCGGGAACUAACGGGCAGCAUGCAUUUUACCAACUGAUUCAUCAGGGCACUCGUCUUAUUCCGUGCGACUUCAUCGCUCCGGUCAUCACCCACAAUCCGGUAGAGGACGGUGCGAUGCACAAGAUAUUGCUCGCUAAUUAUCUGGCCCAAACGGAAGCCCUAAUGAUGGGCAAAACCGAAGACCAGGCCCGUGCCGAACUGGAAAAGGCUGGAAUGUCCGGCGAGAAGCUCGAAAAACUCCUACCGCACAAGGUUUUCACCGGCAAUCGUCCGACCAAUUCGAUCCUGGUGAAGAAAGUUACCCCGUUCAUCCUGGGUGCCCUCAUUGCCAUGUACGAGCACAAGAUCUUCACCCAGGGUGUCAUCUGGGAUGUGAACUCCUUCGAUCAGUGGGGCGUCGAGCUGGGCAAAGCGUUGGCCAAAGCGAUCGAAGUGGACUUAGCGGACAGCAACUUAACUACCUCGCAUGAUUCAUCCACCAACGGACUUAUCAAUUUUAUCAAAAUCUACUGGGAGUAGAAUGCUUUUUGUUGCUUGUUGUCACAUGGUUUUCGAAUAAUAAAAGUAGUUUUUUUUUGUUUUUGCGUAACACUUAAAGUAUGUCUACAUAUUGCAUGGUAGAACUGUUUUGUUUGGGUUUUCUGCGAAAAUGACGGCGCUAAGAUUUGUAGUAAUCUCAAAAUUUGUGACCUGCACACCUGCUAAUCGUGCAAUUAUUCACAGGCAAAAUUAUCGCUUGAAAAAUAAAUACAAUACACAUGUUAAA